AUGAAUACAGAUACAGAUACAACAGUCGCUCAAUCAACAACAACCGAUGUUGAAAUCACAGACGCUUCAAAGAAGAAAGAUGAAUUCUAUUUAAGAUAUUAUGUAAGCGAAACAGUAAUUGAUGUAUUAAAGAAAAUGAUUACAGAUUCGGGUGUAAUGAUGGAAGACGACAAAGAUUGGCCUGAACCAGAUAUUGUAGGAAAACAAGAAAUAGAAAUAGUAUACAACAACGAACAUAUCUCAUUUACAACAACCAAAAUAGGAUCAUUGUUAGAAGUAGAGAAAAUACAAGAUCUAAAGUGUCUUGUAUUUUCAUUGAUUGGUCUACACUUUAAGUACUAA